UUUUUUUUUUUUUUUUUUUUUUAAAAAAAAGGUUCAGGUUGUUUUUACUGUGACAUAAGUUUAUUUGAUGAUGUUGUUGUAUAAACAAGUGGAACUAAACUUUUCACUUGUUUGUUGGCAUCUGUAUACUUGUAUUUUAGACUUACAGUUUGUAUGGUCACCCUUAACCUUAAAUAGUGGUUGUAACAGUAUUCAGUUCAUCAGUAUAUAUUGUAACCGUGAAAGGAAAUAGAGUACAAUAUUUAACUCAUUUUUGUGAUAUUUGCAGUAAUUCUGGGGCCCAAUUGUUGAUUCAGAGUCAUUACCUUGUGUUUUACUGGUGUUUCAUCAAACAUCGAUCAACUCUUUGAAACUUUAGACAUCAACAUAGAAGCUACAUCGAGGAAUAUUAUAAAUAAUAGGAGAUAAUGUUUUAACUUGAAUAUUAUAAAUAAUAGGAACAAUGUUUUGUUGAAGUCAAAACAUUGAUCGAUACAUGAAAAUUUGUUGCCGAACAUAGUUUUAAUAUAAUACGGUUUCGGAGAAGUUGGAAUCAAACCGAUUUUAAAUACUUUAUGCCAGUGAUUAGUUAUGGUUAUGCAAAGAAGCUAUUAGUAGAAAAGAAAAGGAAACGUGCAUAAGUGUCAAAAAUGCCUUCUUCCUUCCUCCUACAAAGUCAAAAAGUAAAGAAUUGCCACGCAGAGCAUGUGUGUCUGACUGGAUAAACUAUUUAACUAUAUUUGACUGCAGAAAUUAUUUAACUAUUCUACUACAUUAAGGAGGCCGGCAAUGAAAGUCAACUAACACCCUUCUCUUCAAAUACUUCUUUCUCAAACCUGAAAUUUAGGUGUUCUGUCUUAAUGGGGAAACAACAGAAAAGAAAGAGUAAUGUUUCAAAUUUUCUUCCAAAAACAUCAAACUUUCUUAGUCCACCUCCUAGUCCAGUUCGACCCAAUACUCCAAAAAGAUUGUCUUCUCCAAGUCCAAGAAUAUCACUUAUUCCUAAAGAGAUUCGUAGAAGAGCAAGAAGUUUAAGCUUUGACGCAAGAGAGCCUACCUCUCCUAAAGUUUCAUGCAUGGGCCAAGUCAAGAACAAGAACAAGAAGAAAACAAAGGAUUCUGCAAAAAUACCAGAAAAUAUGUUGUUUCUAUGUUCUUGUCGUGGAGCAAUAGUUAAGAUUUUCAAGGGAAAGCAACAAAAUGAGGAAUCUAAUAAUGUAUUUGAUAAGGGACCUCCUGUGUUGGACACUUUUGAGAUGAAGGCUCAUGAGGGUGCAAGUACGGUGGGAAGUAACUGUUUAAAGGAUGAGAAGAGUGGGGAUGAAGAAAGGGAUGGAGAGGUUUCUGUAGAACCAAGAAAACAAGUUAAUUUGUGGAGGAAACGUGCCUUGUCUCCUCCUAGACCUCUUCGAGUGUAAACAAAAAACAAUAACUCAGAAAGAAUUUGGUUUAAACAUAUUUUCUAUUACUUGUAUAUCUUUUGCCUUUGAAAUAUGAAAAUCAGAAUAACUGAAGUAUUUGUUUCAAGAAUGGUAGUUAUUUGUAUACUGGUUCAACGGUUGAGUACCUAUUUGUAAUAUUGUUAAAAAUUGGGAGCAUUAAGAGAACUAUCCUUUCUUUUUUUCCUUGGAACUAAAGAAUUUCUGUUGCAAUACAAUUGUUCAUAAA